CUUGAGAUUUGGUUCUUGGGAGUCUGUCUCUUCGGGUUUCCAGUGUCCUCGUUGUUUAUUGAUUUUUUUUUUCUGCGUAUUUUCCCCUUAUGUUCCCUUCCGUGGCUCCUCUUGCUGUACGACUGCCCACUGGAGCGGAUAUAGAAAACUCCCUCGGUUGGAUCCAUCGGAAUCAAAGCCGCUCUCGCCGCCCCAUGCGAUGGAUGACGAUGACAUCAGAAGCCAGAUACCUGGUGCAGCCACUGCAUGCCAGGUCAUCGUGCAGCAAUGAUCGGUAGAAGCGCGGACUUGAAAUCCUCCCACGUUGGCCAUCUUCUCGGUCAGAUUCUCGUAUACUCAACCCACCGGGGACUCCUGCGAUAUCAGCCAUGGAGAAGUACCGAUUCCCCACCAGUCCUCGGGCAAAUCCCCAGGCCAUCAUUGCUGGCCCUCAGUACCGAUUCACCGUCCUGACCGACCGCCUGGUCCGAUACGAGUGGGCGGAAGAUGGCCAGUUCGAGGACCGCGCCUCGACGUUCGCCGUCUGUCGCGACCUGCCGCUGCCCGAAUUCCGCGUCGUCGACCACGAAUCCGGCCUGGAGAUCAUCACGCCGCAUGUCCAGCUCAGCUACGACAGGCAGAGAUUCGGGCCCGCCGGCCUCGUGGCCCAUCUGACAGCCCGAACCACCAAGUACGGCACUGCAUGGCGGUUUGGCACGCCGUCGCCUCUCAACCUGGGCGGCACCGCGCGGACGCUGGACCUCUGCGACGGACGAUGCGACGUGGGCGACGGCGUGCUGUCCAAGGCCGGUUUGGCCGUCAUCGACGACUCGCACUCCAUGCUCUUCGACGGUCACGGCUUCGUGGCGGCGCGACCGGCGGGCGACCGCGUCGACGGUUAUCUCUUUGCCUACGGACGAGACUACAGAGCGGCCAUCCGCGCCUUCCACGCCGUGUCUGGAAACCAGCCGGUGGUCCCGCGAUAUGCCCUGGGAAACUGGUGGAGUCGGUAUUAUCCCUAUCGACAGGACGAGCUCCUGCAGCUGAUGGACCGGUUUCGCGACCGUGACAUCCCUCUGUCCGUAGCCGUGCUGGACAUGGAGUGGCAUCUGGUCUCCGACAAACAGGUGCCGCAUGCAGGCUGGACAGGAUACACCUGGAAUCGGGACCUCUUCCCCAAUCCGACGGGGUUCGGCCAGGAAAUCCGUCGAAGGAAUCUGAAGAUGACGUUGUGCGAUCAUCCACACAGCGGCAUCCACUCGCACGAGGACUCGUACCACGAGAUGGCGCGCUUCCUGGGCCAUGACACCGGCAACAACGAUCCGAUUCUCUUCGAUCCAACCCGUCCGAAAUUCAUGGAAGCCUACCUGGCCGUCCUACAUCGCAACCUGGAGCCGGAAUGUGACUUCUGGUGGAUUGACUGGCAGCAAGGCCCCUAUUCCCGCAUCCCCGGCAUUGAUCCUCUGUGGAUGCUGAACCACUUCCACUAUCUGGACCACGGGCGAGACGGAAAGAGACCUCUCAUUCUCUCUCGCUACGCAGGCCCCGGUAGCCAUCGGUACCCCAUAGGCUUCUCCGGCGACACGUUCGUGACCUGGGCGUCGCUCGAGUUUCAACCCGAAUUCACGGCGAUGGCGUCGAAUAUCGGGUAUGGCUGGUGGAGUCACGACAUCGGUGGCCACAUCCAUGGCGGUCGCGACGAUGAGCUCGUGACGCGAUGGCUGCAACUAGGGGUUUUCUCGCCGAUUCUGCGCCUGCAUUCCACUUCCUCCCGGUGGAUGUCCAAGGAGCCGUGGCUAUACCGUCCGGAAUGCGCGUCCACCAUGUCCGACUUCCUGCGGCUUCGCCAUCGACUGGUGCCCUUCUUGUACACACAGAAUGUCCGGGGAUCGACGGCACACGAACCGCUGGUGCAGCCCGUCUACUGGGAGCAUCCCUACGUCGAGGAGGCAUACUCCGUCCCGAACGAGUAUUUCUUCGCCUCCACCCUCGUAGUCGUCCCCAUAGUCCAGCCCCGAGAUAAACGAACUAAUCUUGCCUCGGCCAGGUCGUGGCUGCCGCCUCAUCGCCGCCUCGUGGAUAUUUUCACCGGAACCGUGUACGAUGGAGACCGUAGUCUGACAUUGCAUCGGCGCCUCGAGGAAUAUCCCGUUCUGGCACCCGAAGGAUCGAUCAUUCCUCUUGAUGCCGAGACGUCUCCUCCAAACGGCUGCUUAAGCCCCGAUGGAUUUGAGCUUGUCAUUGUGAUCGGUCAAGACGGACACGCAGAAGUUGUGGAAGAUGAUCCAACGGGGGAACCAAACCAGAAGGUUGCAGAGAUUCGUUUCGAGCAAGCCUCGGGAACUUUGACGGCGAACGUCUGCAGUCGCGCUUGGAAAUUCCGAUUUCUCGCAGUCAGCUCCGUAGACGAUGUUCAGAUUUUGAUUGACGGCGCUGAUCGGACGACUGACGCCGCUAUCACCAUCGCGCAGCAUCCCGAGGCGCCGGGGCUGCUGGUUGAAUGCCCAUCCAUUUCGCAAGGGAAGCACGAGAUCAUCAUUCAUCUCGGUCACAACCCCCAGCUUGGCGUAAUUGACCACAAACCGCGCCUCGAGCGCUUGAUCAUGGACUACCAGAUCCAAUUUGCCAUGAAGGAUCGGCUGUGGGAGUGUGUGGCCAGUUCGGAUCAUCAGCCGCUGAACGUGACGACGGGGAAACUCAUAGCCCUUGGCUAUGACGAGGCCAUUGUCGGGCCUAUUGCAGAGUUGCUGCUGGCCGAUAGUCGCUCGCAGCGUUGA